AUCUACUACGACUACUACUACUACUACUACUACUACGACCACCACCACCACCACCACCACUCUCACCACCACAGCUGAUGAUGAGUAAGUACCUAGGAGAUAAAAUACAGCAUCAUCACCAUCACCGUUAUCGUCACUACCAUCACCGUCAUCAUCAUGAUUCAUCCCACAUCUACAUAUCUACUCUACCCCGCCAUCCGGUAGGAAAGAAGGGAAGGAGGGAAUAGGCCACUUCCCGAAACGAACAUUGCCAAAGAGAAAGAAAGAAAAAAAAGAAAGACAGAAGCAAAGAAAGGGAAAAAGAAAGAAAGUAAGGAUAUUCGCGAUGGGGAGGAAAAGAUCAUUAUUCCUAUAUCCAUAUCUUCACCCUUUGGGUUUUAUUGUCACGGAAACAAAACCCUAUAUCCUCCCGUCGUUGCUGCUGUUAUUAUCAUAAUUGAUGAUUGGUCGUUAUCAUUGUUAUUUUCAUUGUCCUUACCACAUGUCCGUCCACCCGAAACCGUCUCUCCUCCUCCUCCUCCUCCUCCUCCUCCUCCUCUUCCGUCGUCGUCGUCAUCUGGAAGAGAGACAGAGAGACCCACGACGGAUAUUUUAUCCGAAGAAGGAGAAGGAGGACGAGGCGGGGAUUUUCCGAGACGCACACAUCUCGUGUCGUCCGAGAGACACACCCUUGAAAACGAAAAACAGAGGAAGAUGGGAUCGGCGCAGGGGCUGGGGGGUUGUUGUGAGAUGUGGCAGAUGUGGCGGGAUUCUUGGUCGUCUCUGGGACAUGCUGUUUCUGUCUCAUGUCUCUCGCUCUCUAUCUAUGUCUCUCUCUCUCUCUGUGUGUGUGUGUGUGUUGCGACGACGGGGUGUCGCGUCCGAGACCAUGCCCAUCCCAAUCUCAUGGACGAACCACGUCGCCUCUCUCUAGGAACCAUUCGCUUUUCGACUUUCCUUCUUCGUCGUUCAUCCUAUCCGUCCGGCCGCGGUGUGGGACAGGAAACGUCGCCGGGAACCUGUUUUUCCUCUUCUAUCUUUCUGUCAUUCUUGGGGGAGGGGGGUUCUUCGGAGAUGCACCUCCGCCGUGUCUCCCUCCUCUUCCUCUCCCUGAGAGAUCCGUCAGACGGAGCUG